AUUUUCUGACCACUUCCGGUCGGUGUGGAGUGGAAACGCUACAAAACUAAAGAAGCUGUGACGCGGUGCCGCCUCACUGACCCAAAUCAGCCCAACAGAGCCCGUCACUUUUCCCUUCAGCACAAACUUAAGGCUUUUACGAUGUUGGUGAAGGACUUAACUUCCUGUUGUGUUAACCAAACAGAUGCUUAAUUUCCUAUGGGGGUGGUUACCACUAUGGACCCAAAUCCCGGCCGGCAAUCGCAGUUAAGUGGGCAUGCCCUAGUAGGGGCGGGGCCCGGGCCUCGUGGAAAGCACUACGUGUGUGGCUCGUUCGCCGCCUUCACCAACAUCCUUGUAACGUUCCCCCUACAGAAAGUUCUGUUUCGCCAGCAGCUGCAUGGAGUUCGCGUGACCGAUGCCGUCCGUCAGCUCCAGAGGGAGGGGCUUAGAAACCUCUACCGUGGGCUCUUGCCCCCCUUACUUCAGAAAACCACCACCAUAGCCAUCAUGUUCGGCCUGUACGAGGAUUUUUCCCGGUUGCUCUUGCGCCACGCCCGCAGGAGCGGCGCGCCCGAGCUCGUCACGCGGAGCGUCGCCGCGGCACUGGCCGGCACCGCCGAAGCCGCCCUCACGCCCUUCGAGCGAGUCCAAACGCUGCUUCAGGACCACCGGCAUAACGGGCGUUUCAACAACACGGCGCACACUUUCCGGACACUUCUACGAGACUACGGAGUGAGGGAGUGCUACCGCGGGCUUGUCCCGAUUCUGUUGCGCAACUCGCCCAGUAACAUUCUGUUCUUUGGCCUCCGUGGGCCCAUCAAGCAAAGGCUGCCCGAGGCUCGAUCCCGCGCGGGUCACAUGGCCAAUGACUUUGUGUGUGGCGGUCUGCUGGGGGCGGCUCUGGGCAUCAUGUUCUACCCGCUGAACGUGGUGAAAUCUCGUGCCCAAGCACAGGUGGGGGGCGAGUUCGUGCCCUGCGGCCGGGUGCUGAUGACCGUGUGGCGGGAGAGAGGAGGCAGCAUCGUUCUGCUGUUCCGUGGUGCGACGCUGAACUACCAUCGAUCUCUGCUGUCGUGGGGUAUCAUCAAUGCCACCUACGAGCUUCUCCUGAAAGUUUUCUGAGAACGCAUUUCAUCUGCCGAUGUCUAAAUCUAAAGUUCACUCGUAUUACUUGGCUACUCUAAGUGUUGUGAAGUGGAAUUAUACUCGUUGUAUACAUUUUUGAUCACUUUCUAGGGGAGCUUGGGGCUCUGUGGGACAUGGGAAUAAAGCACAGUGUUGCACGACUGACGAGAGUUUGCUUAUAUUAGAUACAUGUCGAGAGACUCGUGCGUUUAUAACACAAUCUCUGGACUAAAACACAGCGAGUCAUGUGAUGACGAGUCGUUUGUUAAGUAUGACUUGACUGAGUGUUGGUAAACAUAAUAGCGGCAUUUGUGGACCACACGAUGAGAGACGUCUGUGCAAGCCCGUGAUGUUUGUGUUUUUGCCAAUCCAAAAAGAGAAAUUCUGAUGUAUUCAUUGAAAGGUUUUCAUAUAAUGCUGUUUUAAGUGUCUUGUGAUGGGAGUGACAUUUUCACAUAAUUGUGGGUGAGAAGUAAACAAGUGAUUCCUUA